UACGCAUGCACAGUCCACGAUUCGACGAUGGCUAGACACAGUGAUUCACGUUCAAUCUCUCAGAAAUGCGUCGUUCUGAUGUGCCUUGUCGCCGUUCACGUGGCAGGAAAAGAGAUCUGCGACGAAACAAAGUGUCCCGGUCCCCUGAGAUAUUACAAGGACAUCGGUUGUAAACCUGUCUACAAGAAUCCCGGCGACUGUUGCGCACAAGUGUACGACUGCAGCCACCUGAAGAAUUUGUCACCGGAGAAAUGUUACGCGAACGGCCACGAGUAUGAUGUCGGUGAAUCGCUGAAGCCCGAGGACGCGAAACCUUGCGAAAUAGGGUGCACGUGCAUAUUACACGAUUCCGUUGCCCAUUUCUCGUGUGCAAUCCUUGACUGUAACUUCAAUGUUGACCAAGAUUGUUACAUGAGGUACUCGCAUGAUAAGUGCUGCCCAGAACGCAUUUGUAAUAAGAAAAGGGCAACUUGCGAGGUUGACGGCAAAUUGUACCUCGAUGGAGAGCAUUUCCUGGUAAAAUCUGACCCGGAACUGGAGUGCUAUUGCUUGCCUGGAUACAAAGGUGAAAAUAUCGAGCCUUUCUGUAAGAAACGUUCUGAUACUUCUUGCGAUCCUGUGUUCAGACAGCCUCAUGAUAUUCACGAUAAUUGUGUACCUGUGUUCUACAGCAGUCAAAAUCCACAGACGGAUUGCAACUUGAGUGCUAGAUGUCAAAACUCGAAAGACGCUGUUAUUCAUAAUCAUGACAGCCUUAAGUCCGUUUCUGAAGAAGAAAGCAAGUUGUGUCGAUUUGGUAACAUGACGAUGCACAUAGGCGACGAGUUGAACCAGAACACCGAUUAUAGCUCACAUUGCGUGAAAUGCCUGUGCGAGGUGCCACCGGUCCCGACAUGCCAAAGACUUCCUGACAGCGAGUGUGACUCAAAAAAUCUGUGAUAUCCCCUUCUUCUAAGUUGCUGUCGACGAUUCGGUUUCCAAGUUUCAUCCUCUCGUGAACCUCGAAUGUCACGACUAUAGUUAGCUUUAGAAGUACUAUAUACGCUGUUAGUCUAUCUUCGUCGUUAUUACGUGUCGUUGAAAUUUGUACUAGAAAUAUUUGCGUAGAAUUCCUGCGAAAGUCUUAGGCUUGUUCGAUUAACGUUUCGCGAAGUGUCUCGUUAGAGAAAGAGAUUAGAAACUAGAAUUUGUUAAUGGGAGAAAUACAGUGUACGAAUAAAAAUCGAAUAAAAAUUUAAGAUUUUAGUUAGUACAGGAUUAUGAUAUAAAAUUAGAAGCUUUUUUCGUGAACGAAUAUGAAAUUCUAAAAUUUAUUGGAGCAUCUGUUGUGUUUGGAGAGUGCAUACGUAACCUGAAGACGAUUUGGAAACAAUUAAUAUUGACAGAAUGUAGAAAUGUGAAGCACGUUU